GUGGUCACGCUGUCACCAACUAUCCAGAAAAGAUCCAAAGUGAAACAAUUGACUGGUAUAAGUACCGCAGCGAUUGGUGUGUAACGACGUUGUAAAAAACAUCUGACUGAGGCAGCUCGUCGUGUUGAUAUUCGAAAUUGGCGCCUAACUAAGAAAGAAGUCUAGGUAGGCCCUAGCCGCCUGGCCUACACGAGGAUUAGGGCCUAGAAUAGGCCCCUAGAUCUACCCUAGUAAAGUAGUGUUAUGGUUACAUCUCAUGAAUCCAUCGCAGGCCUUGUAGAUGAAAAAACAUUGAAUACACAAAUUGAACAGUUUUGAUGGAUUUGUGGAGAUUCCAUAUACAGUAAAUUACCAGUGAAAUGUAUUUAUUAGACAUGGAUUUUUGUUAAUAGUUGUGUUUGACGGUUGGAGAAGUGGAAAAUUGAAAUUCAUAUUAAGUAGCAUGAUGAGGUUUACCUGGAUUUUUGCUACAUUGUUUUUGGUUCUGUUCUGCAAAGAAGGAUGUGGAUUUGGUAUUGAUUCUCGGGUUGAGAUUGAUCUAAUAGAGUCUGUACUUUUCAACUUGGGAGAUGUCAUUCAAGUCCCAGGAACCAACAGCAAGGAACCUGCUCUUCUUUUUGAAGAAAAUGACAAGACUAGACGACUGAAUGUUAGCUCUGCGGACCUAGAGAAAGCCCAACGACUUCUUCUAAAUGCUAAGGAAUAUACACUCAUGGGAAGCUUCAAGCAGACAUCAAAGAGUCAGGGAACUCUUAUUGCAAUUUCAGCUGGAAGUAGGAAAUUUAUGGAAUUACUGAUAAGCUCCAAGAGGAAUGAAGUACGCUUUUUCUACACGCACCAAAAUAAAAUAUAUAGCGAAGAAUUCGAGCAGGAGUUCCCAAUUAACGAAUGGCACAAGGUUGCACUUAGCGUCAGUGGAUCACACAUCACUCUCUAUGUUGAUUGUGAGAAGGUGGCUGAAAGACGCAUUCUUGUUCCAGAUACGGAUAUACGUAAUGAAGACCUCAACAUCUGGCUGGGUCAAAGGGGACCAUCUAAGCUUCAUUUUACUGGCAUCGUACAGCAAAUUAAAAUUGUGGUUGCGAAUCAUGGAUUCUUGCACCAGUGUCCAGAGCUCGAUCGCAACUGUCCAACCUGCGGUGAAUACCUGUCGAUGGUUGGCAUGGUAACAGACUUGGAAGAAGUCGUUCAAAAGCUACAGCAUCAAUUAAACGUAGCCGAGGGUCGAUUGUCCGCCCUUGAGAUGUGCGGCUGUGUACAAAGCUGUACAGUGAAUGAUGUGACGUAUCAACAUGGGAAUACUUGGAUAGAUCGUUGCGAUAAUUGUACUUGCUCGGAGGGGAAAGUCUUCUGUGGCCCAAUGUCUUGUCCGGAGCCUAAAUGUAAGAAUCCAGUCGUAGAAGAUGGAGAAUGUUGUCCAGUGUGUAAAGACCACUGUAUAUAUGGCGAAAGCAAAUAUGAUCACUUGGAAAGAAUGGCUCGGAAGGGAUCAAGAUGUCUGGAAAUGGAGUGUUUGGAUGGUAGUAUGAGUGUUGCUCAGACUAAGACAGCAUGUCCGCAAGUAUCAUGUGAGCCAGAGGACUCUAUCAGUAGACCAUCAGACUGUUGUACAUAUUGCCAAGGUCAUGAUUACUGUGCAACAGCCAACUGCCCAAGUGACAAGGUUUGCCUCAACACAGAUUUCGGUCAUCAGUGCAUCUGCCAAGAUGGCUUUAAAGAGGAAAAUGAAAUGUGCAUCGAGAUAGAUGAGUGUGAAAAGGCAGGAGGAGGAGACGGACAUCACUGUAAUGAUGGUACCUCAUGUGCCAACACUAUUGGAUCCUAUGUGUGCCAGUGUUUAGCUGGGUACCAAAGGGAAGAUGCCUAUAGCUGCUCAGAAAUUAAUGAGUGUGAGAUUGACGGUACAUGUGGCAGAAACAGCAUCUGCAGCAACACAGUUGGCAGUUUCAUGUGCGAGUGUGAGGAUGGCUAUGAGGGAGACGGUAUCAUCUGCUUACCCAUAUGUUCACCACCGUGUAUGAAUGGUGGAAUGUGUAGUGCACCUGAUACGUGCGUCUGUCCUGAAGGCUUUAAAGGUGAUCAAUGUGAGACAGAUAUUGAUGAAUGUAAAGGUAAUCAUGGCUGCAGGAAAAGUAGAUCUUUUUGUGUCAACUUACCUGGAAGCUACUACUGUCAUUGCAAACAAGGCUAUGCAAGUUCAACGCCUGAUAACAACAAGGGGGCUGGAUGUGUAGACGUUGAUGAAUGUGACACCAGCAAUGGUAUGCAUUCCUGCCCGACUGGCACCACCUGUAAGAAUGAACGAGGCAGCUACUCAUGUCAGUGCAAUGAGGAUUCGUGCAGUCGCAACUGCAUGUACGGAGGACAACAGUUCAAAGAUCAAGCCAGCUGGCAGCUGGAUGCUUGUCACUCCUGUAUUUGUGAUAAUGGUGUGACAACUUGUUCCAAGAUCUUAUGUGAUUGUACUAGCAGCCCUGUUGAUACUAACUGCUGUCCAGAGUGCGCCGACAAGGGCAAAUGCCUACACCAGGAGCUUGGUAUAAUCUACGAGCAUGAUGAUACUUGGCAGUAUGCUUGCCAGAAAUGCAAAUGUCAGAACAGCACAAUAACUUGCGUUGCCAAACCCUGUCCUCGUCUCAGUUGCGAAAAUACUUACACGCCAUAUGGUGAUUGUUGCCCUCGAUGUCAGGAACACCAUGAAUGUUCGACUUUGAGUAGCAAGACCACAGGCACGGCUAGCUGCCAACAAGGUGUGGCGACAUUUGAGCACAAAGAACGCUGGUUUAUGGAUAACGAUCGAUGCUCUGAAUGUACUUGUCUCGAUGGCAAUGUGUGUUGUAUGUACAGCAGUGCGUGUACCCCAUAAACAAUCAUGAAAUUUACCGGGCUUAUCCAAAAAGCUAAACAGACAUGGACUCACUGUUUGCAUCUGACAGUCAAGGGCUGGCUUACCAGGGCUAGCAAUUCAGGAAGUUAUUGUUUUGGGUCCACCCACAUGGUUAUUAUUAUUUAUACAUCACUGAGAAUCAUACAUCUCAAACUAUGGUGAAGAGAAAAUAAAUUUUCACUGAUGAAAUACAUUACAUGGUAUUAUAAAAUUUCAGUAUAUUGAGUAUUUCAUCUGUCUACUUUUUGUAAAUUAAUCAGUUUUAGUACUGCGUAUCUAAGGAAAUGUUUGUUCUCCAUUAAAUAUUUAAAAUGUUGUAGUUUAUAAAGAUAUGUGGAAUUUCUGUGGUCUUUCCCUUUAGAUUGCAAACACCUAAAGCAAAGUUGAGACUCAAGCCCAGCCAAACUACUGAUAAGUCAAGCAAGGUUUCGAUUUGUUAGGAUGAUGUAGCAUUUAAGCAUUCAAAUUAUUAAUCCUUGUUUUUGUUAAAUUAAUAUAAAGCUAAUUAUUGGUCUGUAAGAUUCAAUUUCUAGAAUGUUUUGGGGUUUUCUUAAUUUUUUUUCUAGAUGACCAGGCCCAAUUUCAACACAAGGUUGAAAUUCUUCAGUGCACGGUAUAUACACUGCACUAAAUUAUUAACAAUUUUCAAUUUUAGUUAUUAACUCCUUCAUAAUUUUUCUGUUUGGAGUAACUGAACACCAUACUGUUUGGAUCUGUAUUUUGCUUAGAUCCCGCCCUUGCAUAUGUACAGACAAAUGUAUAUUGAUAAAAGGAAACCAGUUAAAGAAUUUUAGUCCUUAUGUGUGUAUAGAUAUGCAAUGUUCAUUUUGUAAGAUGUUUGUGCCAAAUAUAAAGAUAUAAUAAUGUAGUUUUGAUCAUUCUCUGAAAUUUUUUUGUGGAAAUGUUUCUACAAAGUUUAGAACUCUAGGGAAUAUAAUACUAUAGUGUGUGUGUGUUAACAGAAGGGGUGGCAAGUUAGCGAUUGCACUCUCUGAUGUUUUUUUGCAACAAUAUCAAUCACUUCAUUUCUCUAUCUUGGAUCAUAGAUUCAGACACACAAUACUAAAUAUAGCUCAUUUGUAUAAGUAAUUAAAAUAUCAAAUAAAUAUCUUGUGUGAAAAA